AUGCUGAUUCAAUGCGUUUUUUUUUCUUUCUUUUUUUUUUCUUUCUUUUUUUUUCUUUCUUUUUUUUUCCUUUUAGGCUACUUUUUCUUUUCUACAUUUAAUUUUUCUUUCAAUUUUAUCUUUUUAUUUUCAUUGAAUUUUAUCUUUUUAUUUUCAUUUUUCUUUGAAUUUUUAUCUCUUUAUUUUCAUUUUUCUUUCAAUUUUAUCCUUUUAUUUUCAUUUUUCUUUCAAUUUUUAUCUUUUUAUUUUCAUUUUUCUUUCUUUCGUCUUCCUUUCUUCUUCCUUACCUUUUGUUUUACUUUCUUCUUUAUCUCUUCCGUUGCAUCCUUCUCUUUCUUUUUUCUCUUUUCUUCUUUCUUUUCGUUUUUCUCCUUCAUUUUGUUCGCUUUCUGUAUCGCGUUCUUUAUUAUAUUUUUCUUUUUCUUCAUAUGUUUUCAUUCAUCCUUCUUUCAUUCUCUUUCUUUCAUUCUACUUCUUUUUUUAUGUUUUCCUUUGCUUUCUUCUCUAUAUUUUCCUCUUGAUUUCUUCUUCUUCUUUCUAUUCUUCUUCAUUUUUCUUCUUUAUCAUCCUUUUAAUAAAUUUGGCUUUAUUUCUGUUUUUCUUUCGCAUUCGUAA